UCGCUCUUGUAGCCCAGGCUGGAGUGCAAUGGCACGAUCUCGGCUCACUGCAACCUCCGCCUCCCGGGUUCAAGCGAUUCUCCUGCCUCAGCCUCCCGAGUAGCUGGGAAUUCAGGCUUGCGCCACCAUGCCCGGCUAAUUUUUGUAUUUUUAGUAGAGACAGAGUUUCACCAUGUUGGCCAGGCUAGCCUCGAACUCCUGACCUCAGGCGAUCCACCUGCCUCGGCCUCCCAAAGUGCUGGGAUUACAGGCGUGAGCCACCGCGCCCCGCUCAGAGUUAAAAAUCUUAUUUCAGCGUCUUUCCAAGUCCAGGUGACUCAUUUCUUACCUUUCCCACCAGUAGAGUUUAGUAUGAAAAGUUGGGCAGUUAUUGUUGUGUGUAGUCUUGUCAUUUUGUUGGUCUGUAGUUAUUACAGUUUCUUAUGAGUUUAUUAUUUAACAACGUAAUAGUAAACCAUUUCUUCUUUGUGUUAUACUAUUCUGACACAAGAUAUACUAGUCCUUUUGAUAACAGAUUCUUGAAUGUAAGUUAUAAGGAUUUAAAUACCCUCAGUUUAUCGUAGAGCAGAAUUAGUGAUGACCUGUAAGCUGUGAAGAACGGUUACACUUUUCACUAUUUAAUUUUGUUGCAUGUAAGUUUAAUGUUCACUGGGUUUUAUCUGAGUAACUUGACCAAGUGUGUAUUUUUAAUCCUGGGUUCUAUAGAAUUAUACUAUGUAGCAUCAAAGCAUCUGGUUCAUUGUUACUACUCUGUGUAAGUCUUUAUAGUUUCACUAAUUAAAUUGCAAGGUAAUGUGAAUAGAUUUCCUCCCUUUCUGAUUAAAUCCAGAGGUAAUGUAAAUAGUUUUCUUCCCUUUCUUUUUUCUGUCGUACUGAAGGUAGUACUGUCAAGAUGAUAAGCGUGGAAUAAAGCUUCAGAAGGUCUUUACCAAUCUUUCUCCUACCAACUUUUACAUAGAUGAAAUCAGGUUAAAAUGAACAUAACAGAAAUACUUCACAAGGGAAUAAAGUAGGGGGAAAAGGGAUAACAUGUAACAUGGGGUCAAGGAAAAAGAGUGUGAAGUAGUUUUGCUCUCUCUACCUUGCAAAUAGGAGUCCUUAAAGACAACUGGGAUUAAAAGAAGGGGUUUGAGAUAGUGAAUUCUUAAGAAGAAAAUAAUGGAUUGCAUAUUAGUUGUUCUCUAAGUAGACUCAACAGUGUGCAAGCUUGUUGCAAAAGCCAAAAGAAGAUGGCAACUCCUUAUGUCCCAGUUCCUAUGCCUAUAGGAAACUCUGCUUCCAGUUUUACAACCAACAGAAAUCAAAGAAGUUCUUCUUUUGGCAGUGUCUCAACAAGCUCAAACUCUUCUAAGGGCCAGUUAGAAGACUCAAAUAUGGGUAAUUUUAAACAGACAACUGUUCCGGAUCAAAUGGAUAAUACUUCAUCUGUCUGUAGCAGUCCCCUCAUUAGGACUAAAUUUACAGGUGCAGCUUCUUCCAUUGAGUAUUCUACUAGACCAAGAGAAACUGAAGAACAAAAUCCGGAAACAGUGAAUUGGGAAGAUAGACCGUCUACACCUACUAUACUGGGUUAUGAAGUGAUGGAAGAAAGAGCUAAAUUUACUGUGUAUAAAAUACUAGUAAAGAAAACCCCAGAAGAAAGCUGGGUAGUUUUCAGAAGAUACACUGACUUCUCUAGGCUUAAUGACAAAUUAAAAGAGAUGUUUCCAGGUUUUCGGCUAGCACUUCCUCCAAAACGCUGGUUUAAAGAUAAUUACAAUGCUGACUUUUUAGAAGAUAGACAAUUAGGAUUACAAGCGUUUCUUCAAAAUUUAGUAGCUCACAAGGACAUUGCUAACUGCCUUGCAGUGAGAGAAUUUCUUUGUUUGGAUGAUCCACCGGGUCCAUUUGAUAGCCUAGAAGAAAGCAGGGCAUUCUGUGAAACUUUAGAAGAGACAAACUACCGCUUACAGAAAGAACUACUUGAAAAACAAAAGGAGAUGGAAUCACUAAAGAAACUGCUCAGUGAGAAGCAACUUCAUAUAGACACUUUAGAGAACAGAAUCAGAACAUUGUCUUCAGAACCUGAAGAAUCACUGGAUGUGUCAGAAACAGAAGGUGAACAGAUCCUAAAGGUGGAGUCCUCUGCACUUGAGGUUGAUCAAGAUGUCCUGGAUGAAGAAUCUAGAGCUGAUAAUAAACCAUGCUUAAGUUUUAAUGAACCUGAAAAUGCUGUAUCAGAGAUAGAAGUAGCAGAAGUGGCAUAUGAUGCUGAAGAAGACUAAUAUAUCACAAGCAGUUCCCUCCAUUUAGACUAUUCAACAAAUUUAGAAGAGUGGCAAAUACUAUUUUAAAAGAAGAACCAAGAACUGUAAAACAUAUAGAAAAGAGCAAGAAUGCACAUGUAUAAAGUUUACAUAAAGAAGUUUUUUUAAGUUAUUGAGAUAGGAAGUAUAUUCACUGCUGCUUUUAAUUGUAUUUUAUCCAAUUAUAUUUAAUACACUAAAAAAAUCUUGUUGGAAUUCUGUUAUCAAGGCCCACAUUCUUAAACGCUGUGCAUAAAUUAUUAUGGUGUUUUGCCUAUAUAUUGCUCCAAACUACUGUGUAUAUAUGUGUGUUAAAUCACCAAUUAUAUUAAUCAAAUGGAAAUUAAUUGCAUGUUACUAUCUGGGUGAUAUAUUCUUCUUUAUAUCUCUGACAUGACAUAUUUUCAUUAAUAGUUUAAAUCAGUGACCAUCAUAGUAAAGAUAAAAUUUGGUUGAGUUUUUAAUGUUUACAUGUUUACCAUCUCUAAAUAAAAUUUGCUUAUUUGAAAUGUUAAUGCUCUUUAGAAAAAAAAAUGACUUUCUAGUACCAAAGGAAAACUACUUGAAAGAGCUGUAAUCAUAUAGCUAAAGUGAUGAGAUAGCCUUGAUUUUAAAAGCUGAUUCAUUAAUAUCAAAAUACUUUAAUAAGUGUCACAGUUAUUAAUAUGUUACAUUUGUUUAGUUUCCACAUAAUCUUUAUCUCUACCUAGAUUUAGUGAGUUUCCCUCUUUCAGAAUACUACCUCCUUUUGUUAAGGCAUAUUCUUUUGAAAAUAUAGAUUCUAAAUAAAUAGGGGCUUAUACAAAAAAGAAAAUAAAAAGCCAUAUAUACUGCAAAGUUCCUAACUGGCUUGACUCCCGACAUUGCAUUUUUAUUUCUAUAUAUGUGACGAUGUUGUUAUACUGUAUUAUGGCUGAUUUUCUUUUUAAUAUAUUUAGCCAAGUGAUGCACUUUAUGAUAAUUAAACUCUUUUGUGCCAAGUUUAAUUGGUGGAUUUCUUUAGUAAGUAGAGUUAGGAGAAAGAAUUAUGUAGUGCCUUUACUAUUUCAAUUUCUACAAAAGUCGUCUAGGGUCUUUGAGUCAGCUUUAUGAAAAAAUGUUUGUUUAUUUUAGCUUUGUGUACAGUCAUUAAAAGUGCCUUGUUUCAUUUUUAUAGGAUGAAGUUAUUUAUUUUCUAUUUUCACUGUUUUGCAUAUUGCUGUUAAUAUGCAUUGUAAUCAUGCUGGCAUUUUGUAGUCCCAGUCGGUAUGCUUUCUAAAAACUGAGAGAAACUUACUGGGGAAAUAGAAUAACAAUCUCCAUUUUUUUCUUUACUAUCUAAAAGUUUAUCAGUAUCUUGAUGUAUAUAUUAAGGUGUGGCUGUUUAAAAUUCUACUGACAUAUAUCAACACAUUCAAUGGCUGUUGUUAACCUUUGAAGUAAAAAGGAGAUCACUUUUUACCAAAUAACCAAAAAUUUUUAGUCUUUGUCAAAGUACACAGGUAUGCUCUCAGAACAUUUUUCACAAUGUGUAUUAGAAAUAUGUUUGCUAUCCUUAGAGACAGAAAUGAAUAUAACAAAUUGAUCUGCUUAUUUAUUAAAAUUAUUAUUCUAGACUUACAAAAGGCUUAAAAAGAACAAUCAUUUCAUCAGUACCAUUCUGAAUCUUAUAUAACAGAUCUUUGCCAAAUUCUAGAUAUUAUAGUGUUGCCUGUCUGUUCUAAAGUGAACCACCCACUUUUUCAAUCUGGCUUUUUGGAAGAUUAUAUUUAAAGUUCUGCAAGGAUGAAGAAAAAAAUCUGUUAAUUAGGUAAACCACUAUUAUUUAUAUUUAUAAUUUACUUUUUUUUUUUACUUUUAUAAUGCAUUUUACUCCCAGUAUUAUGUUCAUUUAAUAAAUUAUUUUUUCACUACAA